CGCCUCUGACAGUGUUCCAACACCUCCCCCUGUUACAGGUUAAGGAGAUCCUGGUGGGUUUUGGCGGUCAGAGCCUGCGUCUGAAGGCCUCCAGUGAGGAGUGUGUCCUCACCCUCUACACCCACAGGUAAAGGACCAAGCCAGACCCUCACCCAGGCCCUCACCCACACCAUGCUUGGGGACCUCUGUCCUGGGGACCAGAGAGUGUCCCAACACCCCCUCCUGGUAGAGAACCUGAUGGUUCUGUCUCUGGACUGGAAGGCCCAGGCACCUGACCUGCUGCUGAAUGCUGAACUCAGGCUGUCUGGCCAGUACCACAGGACCCUAGCUGACCUGGUCUACCUCGUCCACUGCAACUUGAACCGAGAGAAGCCUCAUCUGGGAGAGGUUAGGCUGCUGCUUUACACCAGUGUUGGUGUGACAACGACCCCUGACCCCAGACCUGACCCCUGGGCCCAGCUCCUCCUCACAGACACACACCUGGGACUGGUGCAGGAGGAUACAGUGUUCCACCCCGCCCCCCACCACGUCCCCCUGCUGUCCCGCCAGGCCCAGUUCAAGGGGGUGACCCUCCGUUGCCUCUCUGACGUCCAAUGUGUGAUAGUCCGAGACGGGGUUGGGAGCUCGACCAGUGUGUGUGGAGAUGGAGCCGGGGACGAAGGUGGGGCAACCAGGCUGGACAUCAUCCUGUCUCAGGACUGGAGGACCAGGAGAGAGAGGCCUAGAGGUCACCCUGAAAGAGGUGCUGAAGCUGAUGGAAGUGCGGUAGGGGGGGUAGCUGGAGCUAGUGUCCUGUCUGCUGCCUCUAAUUCAUGUCCUCCGCAGCAGCAGGCUGAAGUAUGGAAAUUACAUUUCAGCUGCUCCUCCGAGGCCGCCUGUCUGAUUAAUCACUUGUCAAACGUCUGAAUGGUCACUGAUCAAGGACUAGAGGACUGGACAGAACAUAAUGAACUACAGCUUAGACGGGUACCAGUUCUGUCCGGUCCUAACUCUCAUCGAGAGAACGGCAGGGUGUGUGUUUGCUCACUGAGUGGCAGUUAAGGGUCCAAUGUAUCUCAAGCAAACAAUGGAGAAUAUCGCUACCAUUAAAUUAUUUAGGGCCAGUUUCCCGAACACAGACUAAGGCUAGUCAUGGACUAAACAGCAGGCUCAAAAGACAAUAUCCUUAUUCCUUAUAGUCCAGGGAACAGGCCCAUGGAGUAUAGUAAUACAUUGAUGUUUUUAAGUUUUGGUGAAUGUUUCCAUGCACAUAGUUCUAGGAAAUUUCUAAAUCAAAUGUGCCACUUACUUUCACAUUCAUUUAAAGAGACGCAGGAACAUGACGUGGUAGUGGUCCAUAGUGAGUCAAUUUCCGCAAAAACUAAGAGCAUUGAAGCACGAGGCUCAACUUCUCCUCUCUUUGUAGCUACCAGCGAACACAUGCGCAUGAGCAGAUAUUGUGUGACUGAGAGCGAAGUCCAGAAUCUCACUCAUCACAAUAUUUGUGGAGCUGCUUGUGGCCACAUAAUUUAGCAGUCUAUCUUUUUAAGUCUUUCUGAACUGCACUAUAUUUAUUUGUUUAUCUUCUGUUCAACGCUGUGUUAGUCUGUUCAUGCUGUUUUUGUUCACACUGUGGAGGGAACACAGGACACUUGGUUCUACAGAAUGUAAGCUAUUUUAAGGGAAGAUGUGAAGGGCACAAAUAAUAGCAGGGUAAGCUUUUUAAGCAUAUUUGCACAUUUGACCACAAAACAGACCAGUGUUAAAUAUUAAAAUGUUUGCGUUUUAUGGACAUGUAUACAAUUAAUGUAUUUUAUACCAAAUAAAGUCAUGCAAUUUAAAUAAAAUAUUCAGAAUAUUUGCCUGUCAUAAUUUGACACUCGUGUGUAAAAAUGCAUGUAUUAAAAUGAUCAUGUUUACAAUGCUGCAGGUGACAAGGCAUUGUUUUGUUUUUGUUUGUAAACGAA